UGUUCAGUUGCCUUUCGGCCACUUUUGCCAGCAGUUCGUGGAAAUCAGCGUCCAAAAACAAAAGGGAAAACGCCAAAAUGUCAAACCUCAAGUGGUUCCUGACGCUCGGCGUCCUGUGUGUUGUGCUCCAUCCACAAGGCGACGGAGGCGCCUCGGCCGUAUUUUGGCCAUGUGAAAGCGAGGCGGACUGCACAGCUGACGGCUCCAGCUGCGACCAGGGCACCGGCCAGUGCGAGUGCCCCACCUUUGACGCGGUAUUCUCGGCGGAUUUCACGCAAUGCCUGACGACGUCACUCAUUGGUGACACAUGCGACGAGACAGUUCAAUGCAAUCUUAUGCCAACGGGAGCCAACUGUAAAGCCGGGGUUUGCGAUUGCGCCGAUGGCCAAACCUAUUUGCGUGGCAAGUGUAGGCCAUUGAACGGACUCGGCGAGUCCUGCGAUACGGACUUGGACUGCUACUUUGGCUACGAUCGUGCAUCUGUGAGCUGUCAGCAAAACGUUUGCGGCUGUGCAAAUGGCUAUUAUAAUAGAUAUGGAAACAUAUGCCGUCGCAGAUCAAUGGAAGAAAACGAUGCCUGCGUCGUUAACGAGGACUGUGAUGCACUAGGCGCCGGUGCCGAGUGCGUGGGUCUAAUAUGCACCUAUGUGGACGAGAUUGGCACAACACCCGACACCGGGGAGGGCGACACCGACACCACCAUCACCAUCAAUGACAACGACAAUGACACCACCAUCAACACCACCAUCAAUGACAACGACGACGACACAACAACAACAACAACAACGACUACAACAGAGGCCAUCACAGAGACAACUGAGGAGCCCACGGCGGAGACCCAGACCCCACUGUUUUUCCGGCGGCAGCUAACCAAGGCCUUCGUGCACGCCCCCCCGCCACCCACACACGUCGAUGCCGCCGCCCAGGUAUCCUUCUCGCUGACCAAUGGCGAAACGGAGGCACUGCUUUCGCCACGUUCCCCACGCUCCCACGAGAUCGCCGUGCAGACGAGCAUCGAGAAGUACGAGCUGCGCGACCUGAAGCAGGUGGGACGCAGCGUGAGGCAUGUCGCGACAGCCACCACCUCCACCAGCACCAGCAGCCGGAGUCGGAGUCGGAGCCGCAGCCGACGCGCCUCCAGCCACAACUAUCGCCGCCACCUGCCCGCCCUCUUCCGCUUCGAUGACGAUGAUAUCAAGACAUAUUCAACGCUGGGCUCCAGCCGGGACGACGAGGAUGCCGAUGAGAAAAAGUAUGGCAGCAGUUGCACCGAAAAUGGGCAGUCCUGCACGGGCCUGCCCCACUCGAUCUGCACCAGCAAGGUGUGCCUGUGCCGGCAGGGCUACUAUGCCCGGAAUGGCAAAUGCUUUGCGGAGCUCGGCGAGAUAGCAGAGAGCACGGACGAGUGCGAAUACGAGUUCGAUGAGCUGUCCAAGUCCUGCGUAUGCCAAAAGAACUACUUCUACGAGCACGAUCUGCGCAACUGCAGGAAACCCAUUCAGUAUCACCUGUCCUGCACAUCGAACAGCCAGUGCAGUCCGUUUGGCGCCUCCUAUUGCCACCCAGAGAUACCCAGGCGAUGCACCUGCGAGGAGUACGCCCUGUACGAUGCCAUCAAGCAGCUGUGCGAGUACAAGCACGGCCUGGGUGCCGAGUGCGACUCCAACGAUGGCUGUCCGGUCGAUCAUUCGGUGUGCUCGAACCGCCUGUGCGUCUGCACGGAUAACUACUUGGAGAAGGAUGAGACCUGUGUGCGGGGCAUUGGCGCUGAGUGCUCCGAGGAUGAUGAGUGUAUACCAGACAAUACGGCCUGUACCAGCAAGGACUCCGAGGAGCAGACACGCGCCUGCCAGUGCCGCAAGGGCUACGUUCACUUCAAGGAUCAGUGCCUAAAGGAAGCCGAGGAACUGGAGGAGGAGUGCAUUGAGGAUGAGCAGUGCAAGCCGCUGCUGGCCAGCUGCAGCGUGGAGGGCAAGUGCGCCUGCUCCGAUGAACAGCACGAGAAGAAUGGCAUCUGUGAAACGAAGCGCGAACUGGGGGAGUCCUGCACAAAGGCCACCGAAUGCCACGUCGAAAAGGAUCCCGAGAAUGUGGAAUGCCGCAACUCUGUCUGCCAGUGCAAAUUCGGCUAUCAGGCGAACACGGAGCAGAAGCAGUGCAUACGCGUAAUGCCCAAUAAGAAAAAUUCUUCCGGUAGACCCAGUGCUCUCAAAAUCAUCACCUUCAUGCUGAUCGGCUCCGCAUUCCUCAUCACCAGUGCGGCCAUUAAGCAGGCCUACUACUGAAGAGAUAUCCGAGACAGACCAAACACCAAAACAAAGACCCAAAGCCCAAUCGAUUGGAGCGUUGUGAGGAGCAGAGGCACUGAUGGGGAUCAGAAACUGUGUCUCCCACUUCUGAUUUUGGGUGGCGUGGCGUUGAGUGGAGCUGCCAGUAUUAGCCAAGUAACUGGCAUGGAUUGAGAUUGGAUCCGUGGCCAACGUGCAUAGAAGUCAUGUAGUCUUUAAGCUGAUAUUUAGGAUUCGAAGCAAUAACUGGGGACGGGACGAACACUGGACGUUGGGGGGACUCUCGCUUACACCAUACGUAUAAUACGAAUAACAAUAAUUACAAAUUAGCCUAAGUUUCAAGUUUAACUGCUUUAGCUUGCCAAUCAGGUGCUGGGCUAAGCAGACAGUUUUAACCGAAUUGUAAAAUACAUCACAAUAAACUAAGGCCAACGGAUAAGUCAUGUUAAAAUCAGAAACCUGC